AGAAUAAUAGACUAAAUGACUGCAACAUGAUAUUUUAUUUAGGAAGUGACAAAUAUCAUGCAUAAAGAAACAACCAACACGUCCUAACGAGCUUACGCAAGAACGAUAUGCAUGACAUAUCGCUAUAACGUCAUGCAUAUAUAUAUUCAUACAUCGCUUUCCUUUUGCAUUACAUUCUUCUUUUGUUUUACCUGUGACUUCGUUAGCUAUCGAUUUGUGUGAUCCUUGGUGAUUUACGAUCGUAUUCCAGCUCGAUAGAAAACAAUAAGAGAAACAAGAUAUCGUCGAUGGAUCAAUCACGAAUGGACUCGCAGAUGUAUGAAAUGCAAAUGCAUGAACCGACAAUGUAUACAUCGCAGAUGUAUUCAUCACCGGUGUAUCAACCACAGAUGAAUCCAUCGCAGAUGCAUCAAUCACAGAUGCAUCAGUCGCAGAUGUAUCAACAGCCAACACAAACAAGGGCUACUCAACUAACGACCGAUGGAAUUCCCACUUAUUUUAUUUGGUCUAUUGUGAAUAUACUACUUUCUGGAUUAUUACUUGGUAUAAUUGCUUGCUUUUUCUCGCAGAAUGUACGUCAAUAUAAAAUAGCUGGAAACAUAGAAAAGGCUAAAAAAUGGAGUAAGGUGACUCUCUGGUGGAAUAUUUUUGCAACAUUGAUUGGUAUCGCAGUUAUUAUCGUCAUCAUCAUCUUUGCUACACGCUCGAAAUCAUUAUAUCCGACAAACGUGUACCCGACAAUGGUACGAAAUUGAAAACCUAUGCAUAUCAAUCAUAUUUUAUAAUAGAAAUCUCAUUGUUGAGUAGCUCUUAUUACAGAAAACUAACAUAGAUACUUAAAAACGUUUCGUCUAACAAUUAACAUAAUCCUAUUGUCAAAGUUUAAUCUUCAAUAAAGUAUAUAUAUAUUCUAUUUAAAUCACCCAUAAUUAUUUUGAUGAAGUAAGAACUUUGAAUGACACAUUGAAGAUUCAUGAUCAAUUUUAACAAUGUCAGUAACUGCCGAUUAUAAGAGAAAAAAUUCAUUGAUGGAACAAGAAGAUUGCAGUAAAAAUACUGUGUUCUAGAGAGUUUGCUGACUGUGAACUAAGUUGAAAAACAUAUUUACAGUUUUGUUAAUAGUAGAAAGUUUCAAUAGCUUCAAUCUCUACAAACAAAAAGUCUGAAUAGUAAGUAAAAAAAACUUCUGUCAUACUAUAAAACAAUAUCAUAUUCUUGUCAUAAGCAAUGAAUUCAAAAGUAUUGAUGUAAAAAAGAUGAUUCGAUUGCUAGUAACACACAAUUAGUCUUAAACAAACAAGCUUCAAAAAGCAGAAAUAUAAUCACAUCCUAUGAUCAGCAUCGAACGUUUUUUUUUUUUUAGUAUAAAAACUCGAAUAUUUGCAUUUGAGCGUUACUAGAACCAAGUAGCAUGUUGUGGUGGACGAGACAAUGAGGACUAAAGCUUUUUUGAACCAAAUUUUUUUGUUUUUGCAGCUCCGAAAAUUUCUUUACUACAAUGUAUACUGUUUGUUGUGCUGCUUGUUAAUGUGAAUGUCUUUUUAACGUUUCUCUAGAAACUUAUUUAUGAGUCUAUAAAGUAGUGUUUUAUUGUUCAUUACUUCACAGAUGAAAAAUAAGCUAGUCAAUAUGUAAGGGUAGAUAUACAUGACUAAUUCAUUGAUGUAAUUUAGACAUUGACUUCUAAAAAUAUUCUUGAUGAUCACUCUGCAUCUGACUUCGAUAGGAUCAGAAUCACGGUACGACUUCUCAGACAGAGCUCUAGUUAAUGUCUUCUUGUUAAACACCUAUGUCCUACCACGGUUGGAAACGAUGAAAUAUUUUUUCGAUUGUACAUGGCAUAUUCGUUCCGUUCAACCUUUUAGUCCAGUGGAUCAACUGGCGGAAAAUUGGCGAAAGGCUAGAACAUUUGAAUAUACUCUUGAACCUACUAACUCUUUUGAGAAAAAGUUUAUUUAUACAAUUCCAUGAGGACGCACAAUGUGAAACUGAUAUAACUGUUGUAAUUUUUGAUAGUAAACACUUGUAUUCUAGUUUAACGAGUUUCAUACAUGCUAAUACGAAGAAUGGAGAAAAACUUCUUUUCAAAAGUUCCCAUGUACGAACUCAUAAUAACUAAUAUUGAACAAUAUCUAUGCUGUGUUUUGCAUGACUUUCUUUCAGAAAGAUAGAUAAUUUCUGUACAACGAUUCAUAAGUGUGAUCUUUUGUUUCAUGAAAUAGUUUUGAUUUCGAUAAGACUACUAUAGUUUCAAAGUUCCAUUUUUAUACUAAACUUCAUACUUUUAGGUACCUCAACACUGAUAUAUUGUCACAGGUGCAUCAGGUAGCAGUUUGCAAAAACUUCUAAAACGAGACAGAUUCUUUUCUGAUAUUCAUCUAACAAAAACAUCCAAUGAAAGUACUCUCUAUUGACAGUUUCUGACAGUCUGUUAAAGGAAAUUUUGAAAAAUGAACUAGAAAUUUCAAGAUGGAAAAUCUUUAGUUUAUACAGAAUUCACCUUCUGAUGCACUACAAGAAACCAUUAGUUCAAAAUUCAGGACUAGGAUUUUGAUGCAGAUUAGUUUUUGUUAAAUUGAAACUUUUACAGUCAUAUUUUUGAACCAUUUGAAACUGUUAAAAUCAAUAAAAACUAGUGAAAUAGGCUAGCUUCAGUAUUGUAAAAAUUGGUAGAAGAACCCACCGGUUAUCUUCUAUUUUUUAGAGAGAAUCAUUGAAAAACAAACAUGACCUCGUCAUUUGUAUGUUUUUUCUUCUCUUAUAUGAAUAGAGAUUGUUAUAUUAUUUAACGCAAAAUAAUUUCAAAUACAGUAGUAAAGUGUUUUCUUCUUAGGAAAAGUUUCCUAAAAUAACAUGGAGUAGUAAACUAGUUGUUUGUACAACAACUAAAGUGAAGAAAUCGUAACAGACAAGAGCAAUUGGCUAAAAGCGUUACACCAUUUUCAGUUAUCAUAUAGAUAUUCACAAUUUAAUGCUCUGACAUGAGAUAUGGUUGUUGCCGGUAUGAGCUCGAUUUUUUUUAUAGUGAUAAAUAAAGCAGAUACAAAAACAAGAUUUUAGUACCGUCUUGGCUGAUUGAGAAAGUGACGGUACUCAUGAAAAAAAUAACAUUUAAUAAAAUACACUUCGAUGACAACCAUCUUAAGCGUGUAAAUUCGUCAUAGUAUAAAAAUAAAUCAUAGAUCUUUGCUAAUAUAAUUAGAAUUGCAUUGAAAUUAUUUAUUUAUUAAGAUAAAAUACUUUGAAAAAAAUUCUAUUCAGGAUGUUGGUCUGGGUUUUGGUAUAGGUAUAGGUACGAUGACGUGUGUUCGUUUACAAACUCAAACAACUCCCGAAGAAAUUCUUUCUAAUCCUUGGCAUGAUAGAGGUUUCUGUGAUCCGGAUCAAUAUCAAGCAGCACUUCAUCGUUGCCAAAAUGGUUAUGAAUCAUGUGAUUUAUUCAUCAAAGCAUUCGAAGAACGUGCAAGCUUGGAGCGUGAUUAUAUUGCAGCCAUUUAUAAUUGGUCCAAAAUAUGGCAAAAAGAAAUAAAUGAAUCGCAAGAAUUCGGUACAAAUAAAAAGACAUGGUUAGCUGCAAUUCAAGCUGGUGCACAAGCUGCUUAUACACAUACGGAUAUUGUUGAACGUAUCCAAAAUGAUGUUAUUGAUCCAAUGAUUGCUUUCAAGAAACAGAAUUAUGCAAAAUCGAUUAUUCAUAUAAGAAAAAUUAAAGAAUUCGAAAAAGAAUUUGAAAAUCUUCAAAAACCAUGGUUAAAACUGUUGUCAAAAAUUAAUGACGCAAAAGAAUCCUAUCAUGAAAAACGCCGAAAAUUAAAGAAAGCUGAACAGGCAAAGAAAAUCAUUGACUCAAAUAUAGGUGCAACCGAAGAAGAAAAGACAGAAGCUCAAACAAGUGUUAAUGUCUAUACUAAAGAAUCGGCAAAUCUUCGAAGUAAAUACGAACAAUUAAUUAAUGAAAUGAAAGAUUUGAGACCACACUAUGAAAAUAGUAUGAAACGAGUACUAGAUCGUACACAUGAAUUCGAAAGAGAACGUCUUAACAAAUUCAAACAACUUUUCAAUGCGUUUUACAAUGCUAUCAAUAUUCAAAAUGAUCCUUAUAUCAUUGAAAUGUCGACGGCAUUUCAAAAUGCAAUUGCAGCACAUGAUAUUGAAGCUGAUAUUCAAUGGUGGAAUAAACAUUAUGGAAGGACGGGUGGUACCUUUUUAGGUGCAGCAAAUUUGCCUCUAGGUGCACAAACUCUUUAUGGUACAGUUCGUCUUGGUCCUGAUACAAGCGAUGUAGAAGAUCGUCCAGCAUUACUUAAUCGUUACGCUGGUUAUCAUUAUUCGGAUACGUACAUAAAUAUUUUUUCACAUACGCAUGUGUUUGGUGCAGGAAUCGUAGAUUAUGGUAAUGUUGGCAUCUUUCCUAUUCAAGUCGAUAAUAAUGAUAAUUUACAACAUAUGAUAGCAAAACGCCAUGGCUAUCGAAGUACAUUUAAACAUGAAAGUGAACGAAUCGAGCCAGGUGCUUAUGUUAUACUACCUGCUAAUCAACAACAAGUAACAGUUUAUGUCGGUAUUAGUUUUGUAUCAAUUGAACAAGCACGUAUCAAUUUACAAAUGCAAACAAACCUAGAAUCAUUUGAUUCUAUUCGUGAAUUUAUACAACAAAAAUGGCUUAAUGAAUUGUCUCGAUUCGAGGUCACUGCUGAAUGGAAUCUUGAAUCUGAAAUUAAAUUUAAUACAGCACUUGUUCAUUCGAUGUCAAGUCCGACUAUAUGGGAUGAAUCAAACGGUGUCUAUUUAGGUUUUGAUAAUAAAAUUUAUACAAAACCUGAAUAUAUGGAUCAUAUCUAUACUGAUUUAUCCAUAUGGGAUAUUUUUCGAACACAAGUACCGUUUCUUAUUUUACAUGAUGCUAAACGAGCUAAUGAUAUUGUUCAUUCGAUUAUGCUCAUUGUUGAACAAGGUGGUUAUUUACCUAAAUGGCCACUUGCUAAUGGACAUACAAAUUGUAUGAUUGGUUCACAUGCUGAUAUUAUAUUGAGUGAUUUAAUUAUGAAACAUGAACAUGAUCUGCAUCUUAAUAUGACUCAAGUUUUAGAAGCAUUACGAAACGUAGCCAAUAAACUACAAAAACAUGAUAGCCGUUUUGAUCCACCAACAUACAUUAAAUAUCAAUAUGUACCGUUUGAUCAAGAUGAAUAUUCAGCAUCACUUACACUUAGUUAUGCGUAUGAUGAUUGGGCAAUUGGUAAUGUCAUGUAUGCUGCAGGUCUUAUAGAUGAAGCUCAAGAGUAUUAUAAUCGAUCUCAAUGGUUUGAGAAUAUAUUCGAUAAUACAAAAAAAUUUUUCUGUCCACGAAAUAGUACUGGUUACAUUCUUUGUCCAUCAAGUGAAAUCGAAUAUUUGAUUCCAUUCGAUUAUCGUUAUACAGAAGGUGAUGCAUGGCAUUAUCGAUUCUUUGUACCACAUAAUACACCACGUCUUGUCGAUUUAUUUGGUGGUACAAAUUUUUUUGUUCAAGAACUUAAUACACUCUUUAUUCGUAGUCGAGAUUGGCCGACAACAACAAUACCAAAUCCAUAUUAUUGGGCAGGAAAUGAACAUAAUCUAUUUUCUGUUUGGCAAUUCCAUUAUGCAAAUCGAUCUGAUCUUACUCAACUACAUUCACGUUGGCUACUUGAUCAUGUUUACACAAUAAAACCUGAUGGUAUACCAGGCAAUGAUGAUUAUGGUACAAUGUCAGCAUGGUAUAUAUUUACUCGUAUGGGUUUUUAUCCACUAGCUGGUUCAUUUACAUAUUUGAUUGGUAGUCCUGCAUUUGAUCGUAUUACAAUUCGUCGUAAUAAUGGUCAAUGUAUACUUACAAUUAUUGUUCAUAAUAAUUCAGCAGAAAAUAUCUAUGUUCAACGUGUUUUACUCAAUGGUGAACUUCUAUCAACAUUUCCUUUUAUAGAUCAUAUCAAUCAUCUUCAAUGUUCUACUGAAUCAUCAACAGUACAACUUGAGUUUUUCAUGUCAUCUACACCAUCAUCAAUUCCUGAAAUGAAUUCCGUUGAUCAUUAA